CCCCACAAUCCUUUGCCUCUCCGCCUCACGAAGUUCUCUCUCUCUCUCUCUCUCUCUCUCACCUUCCGCCCUCUCGGUGCCUCCUCAUGUCGGUGGUCUUCUUGCCCGAGCGGGUGCGGGGCAAAGCGGAGGUGAACCAGGAGACGCUGCGGAGGCUGAUGGACGAAAAUGACCAGCUGAUCCGCUGCAUUGUGGAGUACCAGAACAAAGGCAGGGCUGCGGAAUGCAUUCAGCUCCAGCACGUCCUUCAUCGCAACCUCAUUUACUUGGCGACGAUCGCGGACGCUUCUGCUUCGUCAAACGCCGAAAAGUCCGCAGCGGAAGGAUAAGACCGUGUUCCUGGGCUCUGUUCUUGCUUGUUGGUGUAGCCCUCCUUUCCUUUCCAAACGAAUGGCGUUUAUAAACAAUGUACGAUUCUGCUUCCUCCUUAGAGGUCAACUAAAAGAGCAAGCACAGUAUUGUAAUACGCCUAGCCAGCAGACGAGAAGCCAGCUCGGGGAAAGGUCAUCGCAAUGCUUUCAUGUUGGUGAGAGCAUAAUGUUUUCUUGUUAGCAAAAGGUAUUUAGGCUUCUUACAAUACCACUAUUGUGUAUGCAGUGACUUGUGUCUUUACUCAGAAGGCUUGGAGGAAGCUGUCUUUUCAGGAAAGCGUUUAUUGACAAGACCUGGACGCAGGUUCCCUUUCGUCUUUCCUUGACUUCCUUUGCAACAUUAUAUUCCCGUUCUUAACCUGGAGAGACAUGUUACAGGCUCUCGAAGGAGUAUUCUUUCCCCUGAAACGAUCCUUGAUGCAACCAAGCACUGGAAACAAUAAAUAAAUAAAUAAACACUGCUUCAAAUUGAA